AUGGUGAAGCAAGAUGCGAAGAUGCCUGAGGUGGAGAGACUAGGCAUGGGGGCGAAUGUGCCUGAGACGGAGAGGCUUGGCGCUGGGGCAAAGGUGCUUGAGGCAGAGAUGUUGUAUGUAGGGACGGCCAUGACGCAGAAUCAAGUUGCCAACAGCCUCAUCGAGAAUCUUGAUACCCUCAAGUGUGUUGAUGUCUAUAUUGCUGCCAGGUCCGUUCCCCUCCCCACUAUAAAUAUCACGGCAACGUAUCCUGUGAAACCAACGACCCCGCUGCAUCCCUGCAUCCGCUCGUCGUGGUCGCUUCGAUGGAAAUCCAACGAUGGAGCAGCGUUAAACGAUCUCUCCGUUGUUUCUCCAGCUCGAGCGCACGCCCGAGUCGUGACGCCGUCAGCGUCAAACGGAGCAGCGCCCACAACCGUCCCCGUCACCAGCGCCUUCCUCCCGUUCGCCAAGGACAAGGCCGUGGCGGAGGGCGCCGUCGCCGCGGCGCUGCCGGAGCUCGCCCUCGCGCCAGCGGAGAAAGACGCGGUCACCUCCGCCAUUGAGGUUGACUGGAAGCCGUACCUUGACGCCGGAAGCAACAACGGUGUGCUAGGCUCGCAGAGAGGCGUCCAGAACGGGGUGAAGCCAGCCUCGACCGCGUCGGAAGGGCAGGCUGCGCCGUUCCCGCCGCAGACCAACCGGAAGGCUCAGCGGUGCUGGUCGCGGGAGCUGCAAUGCCCUCCAAAUCCUCAGCGGUGCCCAAGGUACGCAUGCAUCUACUACUCACACACAUGGAAAUCAAGCCUUAAUUACCUAGAAAAAAAUACCAGAUGCAUGCAUUAUUGUGAGCUAAAGACAAAUAAAAACUUGUUUGUUCUUUGCAAAAGUGGCGACCCUGAAGCAGAUCCGUGACCUGAUGAAGGUCAAUGGAUUGACAAAUGAUGAGGUGAAAAGCCAUCUCCAGGAUUUGUUAGUUAAGCACAAAAGGGCUAAAUUAUUAGGGUCCAUUGUCCAGCCAUAACGGGGAAUUGAAGUCUCUGACAUGGAGAGCAAAGUGCCUGAUGUUCUUUGGCUCGAAGUUUCUACUGGCAAGGAUCCCAUGGAUGGUCUCAGUGAUUGUGCGCGCAGAUCUCUGGUGAAGCAAAUGGUUGCAGUAAGGGACAUGUCCAGCAUGUUACUCGAAUUGUUGGCAAUGGAACAAGUUGAAUCAAAUUAGGCCUUGCCAUUGCCAUUGCCUAGUUGUUUGUAAUGGGUAAGAAGAUAAACAAAUUCCUCUUCAAGCCUUGCCAUUGCCAUUGCCUGUUGGGAUUGCUACCAGUGGAGCGUCAAAGUGGUGUGAAAGCUUGAGUGAACCAAUACAGAUUCUGUAAUGCAAUGUAAUUUUGUAAUGCAAUGAGUGGAGAAAAGUUUCAUGUUUGUGAAUAAAAGAUUCUAUAAUGCAAUGUAAUUCUGUAAUGUAAUGUACAGAUUCUAUAUGUAAUGUACAGAUACUAUUCAUAUUUGUGAAUAGAAGA